UUCAAUCUCUCUCUGACUCAUCCAGGCUAACUCCUUUGAAAAGAUAGUUGUAUGGUAUGAAAGCGUAGAUGAGUCCAGUGCCCCUUUAAGGAAUGCUUUCAGGCCUCAGUGUGAGCUACAAUAUUAAUUUUAGCUUGGAGGUUUGCCACAGGCAGAUUUCGUAGAGGGUCUUGAAGCUAUAGCGAGGCAGCUGUUCACUGGUAUCCCGGGUGGGGUUUGCUUAGUAAAGAAGAGCACAACGCUUGAGAUACUGAAUGCACAACUAUCUUUCGAGGUAUUUUGCCAGCAGAGCAAAGGUUCUGGAACUUUUUUUAAAUUGACUUGCGCCAUUCUAUCAAGAAACUAUGGCAGAAGAGCAAACUGGACUCGAGGAGCGGAUAAUAAUAAAGGACCAGCACACAAAGGAAAUAGACCUGGUGAACAGAGAUCCAAAGCACAUUAAUGAAGAUGUUAUAAAGGUGGAUUUUGAAGAUGUCAUUGCUGAGCCAGCAGGUACAUACAGUUUUGAUGGAGUAUGGAAAACCAGCUACACCACCUUCACAGUCAGCAAGUACUGGUGCUACCGGCUGCUUUCGGUUGUGUUGGGAAUCCCUCUGGCAGUCAUCUGGGGCUUCCUCUUUGCUUUAAUCUCCUUUUGUCAUAUCUGGGCAGUGGUGCCCUGCAUCAAAAGCUACGUGAUCGAAAUCCAGUGUGUCAGCAGAAUUUACUCCCUCUGCAUCCACACCUUCUGUGACCCACUGUGCAAGGCCCUGGGGCAGAUAUUUAGCAGCAUCAAACUUGCCCUACGCAAGGAAGUCUAGAGCGAUUGGUGGAGAAAACGCAGAAACAAUCACUCACCCAACAAUCACACUUCCGAAGUUUUCCUAAAAGACUGUGCACCAUAUUCUUCUCUCAGUUACACUGGAGUAACCAGGGAUGCCUAUGCAGUUACUACACAUUCAAUCUAAUGUAAAGGAGAGCAGAACUUCCUCUGUAAUUAUUUCAUGGACCACAACCUUAGAUUAACACAUGCAUUUAUUAAGUAACAAAUAAGGGUGUGAGAAAGCUAAAGUACAUUCGGGUAUCGUGCAAAAUGGUCGGUUUAGUUAGCCAUUAGCUCAAAAUAGUAUCAGGAAGCACAGUUAUGUAUUAUUGCUGCAAAUAGUGGCUGUUGUAAACGCUUUUGUUUUAAUUUGCAAUAUGCCAGAAGUGUAUGGAUUGAUGAUGUAAAUGACAAAGUUUUGUUUCCAGGUGUGUUUCCAUUUAAGCUUUUAAAUCCAGGUAACCUUACUGGGUAAAUGUUUGACUGCUGAACAUGCUUUUCGAGGAGUGCAGUUUGUGUCUGUUGUUUUGUGGCUGCAAGUGCAUAUCAUGGCAUUUAGACCCGCUAACUAACUGUGGGCAUAAAUCAGGUAGUUAAACAUGCAGCUAUUACAAGCUGUAUCCAGGAUUCAAUGGCAGGCACAAAAGCUGCAGACAUUUGGCCCAAUUUUUUUCUCAGACCCAAAUUACACUUACAAACCGGACGGUUGGGCCUCCCCACCACAUCUGAAUAUUUACCUCAAUGACCGCAAACAUAUUUGACUAAGUCACUUAAAUAAUUACCAGAUUGGUUUUCAUAAAAGAUUUUGGCUUAUUUGCUGAGAAGGUGGGGGGAGGGGUUAUGUUAUUUGCUUGUUUGAUCUCAUGAUAAACUAGGGAAUUCAUUUUCCUCCCUAAUGGUGUUUAGUCUUAGCUAAUCAGUCCUGUUGCCAUGUUUCUAUGUUCCCUAUAGUUACAGCUGUCUUAACACUGGAGCAAGAAUUAGCUAAAAUUCCUAGAAUUGUGGGGCCCCAUUAACAUCAAUGGUGUUGCACUGGUAUAAACAAGAAUAGAUUUUAGCUCAUUGGGCCUAAUUCACUCAUGCAGUAUUUAACACGAGAUACCCUAGUGUCUUUAAUGCAUUUAGUUCAGAUAUACCACCGUGCAAGCAAGAGGAGAAAGAGACCCUUUGUUUUCAAUGGAAGUUGCACAUUUCAGGUCAGAGGGGUUUUGGCCCAUAAAAAUUAGGGAUUAAAAAAGGGCCAUUAUGUCAAGUGCAAAGGUAUUUCCUACUCUGUAUUCUCAGGUAAUUUGUCCAGCCCAUUUUUAAGGAAUCACACAGUGA